AUGGCCGGCCCCGGUGGUGGUCCCCCGCGCAAGAGCCAUACCAAGUCGAGGAAUGGGUGUAAGACCUGCAAGCGCAGACACAUCCGCUGUGAUGAGACAUUUCCACAAUGCCGCAAUUGCACUAAGCACAACUGCCGCUGUGACUACCAAGAUAUGGCCGCUCCGCAAGGUAGCCCGCCUGCCUCUCGGCGUGGCCCCGAUCUACUGAUGUCUCCGGACAUAGAGAUAGAGAUUGAGAAUUGGCAUCGAUCGGGCAUCACUCCAUAUCCGGAGCUAGUAGGGUGUCCUCCAACAAGCUGGUCAGGCUUGUCGCGUUCCGAUCUACGCCUCAUUCAUCACAUUGUCGGUCUCUCAAUUGACCUCCAUCGGCGUGGUCUGAGUAACUGCACAAUUUGGGCACAGAUGCUACCCAGUAGUUUUCUAGGCCUUGCUUUAUCAAAUGACUUUGUGAUGAGCGCAAUUCUUGCGCUCUCUGCCUUCCACCUGGCAUUCCUUACACGGGAUCAGGAAACUAAACAGCUGGCGCUACAUCACAAAGCCACUGCUUUCAAAGGCCUCCGGACCGCAUUAGGUUACGCAAUUGCAACGCCCUCUAAAAUUAACUCGGAAGCCAUCCUUGCAGCUUCGAUCUUACUCUCCUGGCAAGCAACCGAGUACCCAAGUUGGGUUUCGUUGCAACAAGGGAUUUCCACUGUUCUUGAGACCAUGUAUCCCAUUUGGAAGCAGGAGUCUGAGAUUGCCCAGUUUGUCGAAAACCAGCGCGCCCAGAGCGCAUCUGAUUAUUCGAUGUCGUUUGACGAGGAUCUCAGCCAGCUGGAUCAAACAAUGCAUGCACUUCAGGUGGCGCAAAAGCGCGUGUCACAUAACGGAGAGCACUUCCAGCGCCUGGGCGAGCUCAUUGAUUUUGUGCAACAAUUUCGAACAGACUUUCCUACCCUGACCUCAGAGCAGGCCUUUGAUCGCAUCCAGAUAUUGCGCCAAUGGCUUUUCUGGCUGCCACCAUCGCUUCUCCGUAACGGUGAACCCGAGUUGAACGCUCUCGCAGUUCUCGCACAGUUCUUUGCUGUCGGCAUGACCCUAGACCGCUUCUAUCCUGAUAUGGGCGGUGCCUACCUAGGCGCUUUAUCAAUUGGUCCUAUCGAGGAGAUGUACCGUAUCCUGGCCGCACAUAACGCCACGGAUCCUUUCAGUGCCGAGUUACGACUUGCUAUCAGUCUGAUGGAUUUACCACGCCAUGCUGUCUCGCAAUAUCGUAACCGUCUCGCAUGGUCGCCCAGGCCUUCAAUCGAACACUACUCGCCCGGUUCCGCCAGCCCCUACCACGCACUUCACGACUACUCUCUCCCCCCAUCCUCUUCGCCUGCCUCUGCCUCUCCCUCCUACGCCGCCUACACACCACCGCUCCAGUCACCACCAGCUGUGACAGUCGCCGGAUCACCCUUCACACUCACCGAUAGCUACGUCACGGCCGCGCCUUCUCAUACUCUCUACCCUCCAUCUCCACAACUACUCGACUCCCACGAAACACAAUUGGGCCUGUCUGAUCUCAACCAGGCUGGCUCUAUCCCUCAUACAUCUGCUUUCACACCUCCUUAUGGCAGCGAUGUCCUCUGUGCCGAUCUCCCACGUGCAGAUAGCGCACUUGGAUUGAAUAUGGAGGUAUAUCCGCCACCACAUACGUUUGAGCUGUCUGGCUUGGUCGUCCCCGAGACCUGCUGGACAUGA